AUGGCUGCCGCUCGCUCUCAAGCACGCUCACUCCUCAAGCCUUUUGCAAUUGCCUCCGCCGUUGGAGUCGGAGGCACCCUUCUCUACAAAUCCCUCAACUCGCGCCCGGCGGCCCACACCUACUCAAUUAACAACGCCGCCGGCGUCGAGGGUAGCUUUGGCCGCGCCAACCCCGCCGGUACACCCCCGAAAUUCCCGCCACUCCCCACCAGAGCCGAGCAGAUUGAAAAGCUACGCGCCGGUCGGGGCGAAGGUGCUUAUGAUCUCAUUGUUAUUGGCGGAGGUGCCACCGGUAGUGGUAUCGCGCUGGAUGCUGCCAGUCGUGGUCUCAAGGUGGCGGUCAUUGAGAGGGAUGACUUUUCGUCCGGAACCAGCAGUAAAAGUACGAAGCUAGUACAUGGUGGUGUAAGGUAUCUGGAGAAAGCGUUCAAGGAGCUCGAUUACAGUCAGUAUCAGCUUGUGAAGGAGGCACUGAAGGAACGUGCGGUGUUCCUCACAACGGCUCCCCAUCUGAGUAUGAGUCUGCCGAUUAUGCUGCCAGUAUAUGAAUGGUGGAAAGCGCCAUACUUCUGGGUUGGGACAAAAGUGUAUGAUUUUUUGGCGGGGAAAGAGAAUCUGGAGAGCUCCUACUUCUUGACGAGAGGGAAGGCGCUUGAGGCGUUUCCUAUGUUGAAAGGGGACGGGCUUGCGGGUGCAUUGGUUUACUAUGAUGGAUCGCACAAUGACUCGAGAAUGAAUGUCGGAUUAGCACUUACUGCGGCGCUCUACGGGGCGACAGUCAUCAACCACAUGGAGGUCCAGGACCUGGUCAAAGACCCCGCAACUGGUAAGAUAACGGGUGUCAAGGUCAAAGAUCUUCUACACGAGAAACGUGGCGGUAGACUCGGCUUUGGCGAAGACAUUGGUCACGACGAGGUUCUCGUGGAAGCAAAGGGUGUUAUCAACGCUACAGGUCCCUUCACAGACAGUAUCCGCAAGCUCGACACUGGCGAGCAAACCCCGGAGAUCGUCGCACCAAGUAGCGGUGUCCACAUUGUUCUCCCAGGCUACUACUCCCCCGCCCGCAUGGGUCUAAUUGACCCGAACACCUCUGACGGCCGUGUGAUCUUCUUCCUCCCCUGGCAAGGAAACACCAUUGCGGGUACUACCGAUGCCCCAACCCAAAUCACCCCACACCCGCUUCCACGUGAGGAAGAGAUCAAUUGGAUCCUCAACGAGGUCCGCCGCUACCUCGCACCCGACAUCAACGUGCGCCGUGGCGAUGUCCUCGCCGCCUGGUCCGGUAUUCGCCCCCUCGUGAAAGACCCCGACGCCAAAAAUACAGAAUCCCUUGUCCGCAACCACUUGAUCAACGUUUCUCAGAGCGGCCUCAUUACCAUUGCCGGUGGCAAAUGGACCACAUACCGACAGAUGGCCGAGGAAGCCGUCGAUGAAGCGAUCAAACAGUUCGAUCUCAAGCCAGGGACUUCAGAUCUAUCUGCACGUUCUGAGGGCAUGGUUGCCAUUGAUGGCACCUGCAAGACCGAGUGGGUGAAACUUAUUGGUGCCCACGGGUUCAGCAAGACCCUCUUCAUCAACCUAAUCCAGCACUUUGGUGUUGAGAGUGAGGUUGCGCAGCAUCUUGCAGGUGCUUAUGGCGACCGUGCGUGGACUGUUGCGGCGCUAUCGGCACCCACGGAGAAACGCUUCCCAGUGCGUGGGAAACGUCUCUCAGUGCUGUAUCCAUUUAUUGACGGAGAGGUGCGAUAUGCAGUAAAGCAUGAGUAUGCGCAGACGGCGGUUGACGUACUAGCACGCAGAACGAGAUUGGCGUUCCUGAAUGUGCAAGCGGCACUGGAGGCACUGCCGAAGGUGAUUGAUAUCAUGGGCGAGGAGUUGAAGUGGGACAAGGUCCGACGGGAGAAGGAGUGGAAUGAGACGGUGGCGUUUUUGGUCAGCAUGGGACUGCCGGAGAAGAGGGUUGGUGUCACAAGGAAGGAGGUAGAGAACGGAGUAGUAGGGAAAUGGGGUGAGGAGGAGAAGGCAUUUUCGAGACAUGGACCGGUAGAUGCGAUGAGCACCAUUGCGCCUAAUGCGAAGCCGCUUGACUCGAGUACGGUGCGGAACGGUGGUGUGUAG